CACGGCCUACUUGGGCCGGGCCAGGGCGGGGUGCGCGGCGGAGAGGCGCCGGCUAGGCCUCGCGCAGGAGGUCCCUGGCGGCCGGGUCCUGGCCCGGCCCCAGCAGGCCCGGGAGCCGGACGGGGCGCUGCGGGCCCGAGCCCGACGCCGGACCAGGCCUUCCCGCAUGCAGGCCAGGCCGCCGGGGCAGGACCCUGAAGGCCGUAACUGGGUUUAUUUGUUUCCUCCUAGGCGCGCGGCCGGGCCGGGCCGGGCUGGGCCGGGGCGGGGCGGCGGCCCGCGGGCGUGGGGUGGGUGGAGGGGCGGCGAGGAGUCAGGUGCAGCGCGGCCGGAAAGUUUCGCUCUAGGCCGGAGCAGGGGGCGGCCCCGUGCGCGGGGCGUCCUGGUCCCGCCCGGGACCCCCCGAGGGCGUGGGCCGCGCGCCGGCCGCUCGGCUCCGAGGCUGGGAACCGGUUCCGUCCGCUGAGGUACUCCGCCCCUGCCCGCCCGCCCGCGUCCCGCAUGCCCUCGGUGCGAACUCGGCCGGCGGCCGGGCCCGCGGCGGGGAUCGGGCCUGCUCUUCCGGGUCGGAAAAGUUUCCCGGCGCCUCUCGGAGCGUCGUUCUCGGGGCCGGCGCGGGGCUCGCGGGGAGGCGCGGGGAGUCGGUGUUCCCGCCGGACGGUCCGGCCCGGCCCGGCCCGGCCCUGGUAUCUCCGGGCCCUGUCGCCCGGCCGCGCCCCGCGCCCCGCGCCGUCGGGCCCGGGCCUUCCCAGAGGAGCCGCGCGGGGGCGCGGGGCUCAGACCCGGGCGCCCGGGGCUGGGUGCGGCGGGCAGGCGGGCGGCUGGGGCCGGGUGUUACCUGCGGGCGCGAGCGGGGCGAUCGUCCGCGGAGCUCGGCGCGCGCUCCCCGACUCCCGAGGCUCCGCGAGGGCCUCCGACUGCCGGGCACAGCCGCACUGGGGCGUUCGGAUUUGGCAUUUUGUUCUGUUUAACACGGACUCGGUUUGAGUUCUAUAUUGGUGUCAGGAGUUGUUUGUUUUGUUGUUUUUUUUUAACGUAGUAAACUGAAAACCUCCGUCUGGAUUUCCUGCGGGGGAGCGUCCCGGGCGGCGACGGCGCCGAAGUUGCGAGGCUCACGGACCCGCCGCCGGCCUCGCGUGCGCGGCUGGAGGGCUCGCCCUUCCUCUCGUUUGUUUUUCUCCUGCUUUGAGUGAGCCGGGCUGUUGUGGGGCGCGCGCGUGCGUGUGUGUGCGCGUGUGCGCGGGCUGGCGCAGGUCGGCGUUCGCUGGCAGCGGUGGCCACGUUCCGCCCGUCCCGGCCCCCGUAGCGCCGUGGGUGCCUAGGGGAGGAUGGGGACCCGAGAGUGCCCGGCUCCCUACUACUCCGGUGCGAAACUCCGCUCCUCCCCGAGGGGUCGCCUGCCUUCGGCGCUCUGGUGACCCAAGUCGCGAUCGUGAGGGUUGUCUGGGGUUCGAUCCCGAACUACAAAUGACAUUUCAUGGCUGUUUUAACUUUAUUCAUUGAAAUUCCUAUCGGCUUGGAAAGUUGUACCAAAAAAACGAUUACUGAUAGUUUGUCUUUACUUUUAGAGCAUAUUAGAUAGGGGGAAAAUCGUUCCAGAAGGCAUUUUUCCCUAGAGAUUUUAAGGUUUGAAAGAAAUUUUGUUGCCUUAUCAUUUGAUAAUUUUAAGGUUACAUUUUCAGCUUUCUAAGGUCUCAAAACUGUAAAAACACCAAAAUCUCGGUAUCCUCACCCGAACAUUUAUUAUUUCCCCAAUAUAAUCAUCUCAUGGGCUGCUUUAUUCCUAAAGGAAUAUAGUAAGUUUGAUGUUUUUAAAAAUUACAUUCUAUUUAAAACUAAUAAAGACUUUCAGAGCAAAUAUUGAAUUAGCUUUAAAUUGCUUAGGGAAUAUACUUUGUCACUAAUAAACGUUUGAAAGGUGGAUGUUUAAUUUAUGAGUCUGAAAUAAUCAAGUUUUCUUUCCUCAGAAAGGUUUUAUAAAGAAAUCUAUGUCCCCAUCUAAACUGUUUUUCUCAGGAAAUCAUGUUGCUGCUAUUUUUAGAGGAAUGAGAAUUUUAGUUUAGAUUGAUUUUUAAAAAUUCUGUCUCAGCCAGUUACGGUGCUGUGACCCUGUAAUCCCAGAUCUCUGGAGGCUGAGGCAAGAGAACUGCCACGGAUUUGAGGUCCGCCUGGGCUCCAUAACUGAGUUCAAGACCAGCCUGAAUUACAGAGAUGGUCUAUAGAAAAAAAAAAAGAAAAAGAAAUAAAGAAAAUUCUGCAUUAGUUCUCAAAAUGAAAAGUAACAUUAAAAUUAAAAAUGUCAUUCAAAAAAACGCUGAUAUACGCAUUGUCCCUGAGAUGCCCCUUCAGGGUUAGUGGCUCUCACUGUCCAGACUUAGUUCUCAUACUGGAGACCCUCUGACAGUUUCUGGUGACAGCAGAGACCUAGCCCAUCAGACGAGUGUGGCUCGUAGGUGCAGAUCACUCUUUGGCUAAGCCCAGUCACACUGCAGACACUGUGGGGUUCUCUCCCCAUGGCAGGCGGGAGAGUCCCAGAGGUGCUCACAGGGAGGCAGCUUUCACAGUGCUCCUGGCUGUGACACUGGGGGCCGGGGGGGAGACCUGCUGACACUUGAGGCCUCCCUCUUUACUACUUGGUUCUUGCUUCUUCCUGAGGUGCAAUUUGUUUACUAAGCCCGUUUUUUGGAGAAAUUUCAUUUGUAUCUUGGCACCCCGCAGUCAGAGGCUUGUUUGGACUGGGUUUGGGGUCUGAUCCUUGCUCUUCCGGUGGGCGGUUACUUACAGGCUGGGUUUCUUUAUCUGGAAGUAGAAAGCACAUUCUUGGUGAGAUGGUAUGCACUGUGCCCUUGGUGGGUGUUCCUUCUCUGCCCUCCUUGCUAGUGGCUCCUCUGGAUAGUAUUUCUAGUAUUUGCUCACUUAUUUUGUAACUAAAAAGCCAGGAGUGGGGCAUUCUUAUUUUAUACUUGAGCACAGACUUCCUUGUGGUAUACACUGUUAACUGUCUUCCCCUUGGUGUUGGAGAUCCAACCUCCUUCCCCCUAGGUGCCAAGUAAGCACUCUGCCACUGAGCUGUACCUCUGGCCAAACAGUUUUGGUGCCUUUUCUUCAGUUUGUGUGACUUCAAAAACAUAAAUGUGGGCUUUUCUAUUAACAAUGGGUGUAUAGUUUUCUUUUAGUUUAUGCUGUUCAGGCUGGCCUUGAACUCACUGUGGAGGCCAGGUUGCCCUCACAAUGAUCCUCCUGCCUCAGCCUCGUGAAUGCUGAGAAUAUCACUGUGCACUAGCACACCCUGUUUAGUUGUGUAGUAUUGUGUUCAUUAAAACUGGAACUCUGGAAUCCCAGUGGCCCUGCAUCCUAGCUGUGUAACAGCGGUAUAUCACUUCAUCUCAUGGAGCCUCAGUUUCUUGAUCUGUGAGAGGGGGUGAUGACAGUGCCUACUUCACAUGUGCUGUGAAAAUUAAAUUUGGAACUGCACAUCAAGCCUUCAGGUCUGUCUUUAAAGCACUUACUGGGAUUAAUAUUCUCAGUGUGAGUGUUGAAUGCAUCCCUGACUCAGUAUAUAUUAAUAUUAUUAAUAAGUAGUGUGAAUGUAGACAGAAUGUUAUAAUUACCUUCAUAGGGCAAAUAAAUAUUGUUGUGCCAGUAAAAAAUCGCAGUGUGUUCAUAGAAAGUUUCAUCAGCUACAAGUUGGCCUGGCCUCUACCCUUGAAUCCUGAAUGAGCAAACAGCAUGAGGUGUCGAAUUUGUCUCAGCCCCAGACUCUUCCUGGAGGCUUGUAAGUCUUAACGCUUGGCUCUGGGCGCCUGAGCCUAAGACCUCAGGGAGUCAAUGCCCGCUCCAGUGGUUCAUUGGGCCGAUGGCUGGUUUCCCUUACUGGGAAGGGAGUCUGUGCCUCCCCCCCCCCCCAUCUCUUCCACUCCCAGACUGGAGGGCAGGGUGGGCUGGCCUGGGGGAAGGAAGCCAGCUUCUCCCUGCUGCUCCAGGGCAGCCCCGGGGCACAGGCUGUGUGGGGAGGGGUCAGGUAUUCCCGGAGGUGGGGACUGGAGUAGGAAGCAAUUCCUGGGGACAAAAGAGGAUUCUGUGUUGCAAAUUGUGGUUUCUCCAGGCCCUGGAGUUGAGGGAGUGUGGGAAAAAGGUGGCGAGGUCAGGUUAGCCAGGCCUGGGCAGCAGGAAUUUCCUUGUUAGACGGAGGAAUUUCCAUCAGUUUUCUAGAUUCAUAAGCAAACCCUGCGAAGGCGUUUGGUCAAACAAGUGAUUACAGUUCUGAGGAUUCUGGUUGUCCAGAAACCACUGAAGGACGGUAGGACCGGAGUUAAACUCGAGAGGCAGCUCCUGGGAAGAGAGUGGAGAGGGCGGGAAGCAGGCAGCUACCUGACGGAGAGGAGGCGGCUGUGGCUGAGGUUAGGAGAUGAGGGAGGUGAGCGGUCACCCACCUUCAGGGCGGGCCGUUGGCCAGAGGUGCGGGCGGGCUGCGUGACAGGUGUGUACCUCCAGCUGGAAGGGGCCCAGUCAAUUGGUUGGGAUUGCCCCUCUUUAUAUGUUGAGGAUUUUCAGUGAGCUGUUGUCACAGCAUUAGGGGAUUUUGUGUGAAACCUUGGAUUUUUAAAAAAUCUUUUAAAAAGAUUUUAAAAGAUGGGAUGGGAUGAUUUGAAAACCUGGCUUUAUUAUUAUUUUAUUUUUUUAAUGAUGGUGAGACUUGCUGGCUCUGGUUUGCCUUAGAGGCCCCUUGUCCUGCUUCCCCACAGAGGAAGAGGGGGGAACGAGCGAGCCCCGAGUGCUGGACCGGGGGGAAGGAGGUAGUGACCAUGCCACCAACAUGGUGGGGGGUGCGCGCGUUGGUCGGCAGUGAAGUCCACUGGUCUCAGAUCCCUGGCGCUUCCCGUAGUACAGGGCGCCUGCAAGGAGACUGCGUGGCCCGAGGAGCUCAGGCAGGUCCCAUGUAGCUGCCAAGCAGCUGGGGGGCACCCACCCCUACCAGCCAGACCAGGGCCAUCCUGCCAGGACCUCCUCCCAAGGCUGGUGCCCUGGGAUGCAGUCUCCCACGGACCCGGAAAAAGGUGUCAGUGGGCCACCCAGGACCCCACGAGCAGCUGGAGGGCACUGGAGCCCUGCGGCUUGCAGAUUAAAGCCAUAGUGCUAAUGGCUGCUACUCACUGCUCCAGUAGUAGUUAACACAGGGUGAUUGCUGUGUGCUGGCUACCAUGCUAAGCACGGCUCACGAAAUACCUAAUUUAAUUCUCCUGGGUGACUCAGCGAGGUCGGCACAGUUAUAAUCUUCCCUUUGCAGAUGAGCCCUUUCCCGCUGCAGCCCUGUCCCAGGUUGCUUCCAGAGCCAGUGAGAAAGCAGCUCUGCUCCUGCAUAAACCUCCUCACCUUCCUCCUAAACCCCUCGAGGAGCCGUGGAAAGGCCGUAUAAAUUAUUUCAGGUUCUUCGUCACAGUCUUUGUCAGAUAGACAUUUGCAAAGCGUUUAUUUUCAGUGUUCUGGUUUGAUUUUUUGUUUUGUUUUGUACUGGGACUCAAACUCAUGACCUUGUGCUUGCCAGGCAGAUGCUUAUUGCCCCUGAGCUGUAUCCACAGCCCUGAACUUUGGCUGUUUGAGAUAGGUCUCAGUAUGUAUCUGAGCCAAGCCUUGAACUCAGGACAAUCCUCCUGCCUCAGCGUCAGGUGUGUUGAGAUUACAGGUGUGCUACAGCAGGCCAGUUACUUUGAACUUUAUAAUAAAUGGCAAGUUUUUUCACCGAUUUUUUUUCCUCUUUUUCAGUCACAUUGGUUGAUUUUAAUCAUUGCUCAGUCAAACCUUACUACUUUACAUAUUGAUAUGUGGAUGUUAGGUUUUUAAAAUUAAAUGAGCUAGGCAUGGUGUUAAAUUCCUGUAAUCCUUCCAAUCACUCCCAAGAGGCAAAAGCAGAAGGAUCACUGUGAGGGUAAGGCCAGCCUGGGCUACAUAAGAGACUGUCCCCCCAAAAAACAAACAAACAAACACCAAAGAGGUAAAGCUUAGUUUUAGCUUUUAUCGUCAGUAGAAAAUGCAAUAGUAUUUGCCCUUUACUCUUUUUUUCCUCUUUGAGCAGGGUCUCACUUUGCAGUGCAGGCUGAUCUUGAGCUCACCAUGUUGCCGAGGCUGGCCCUGAACUUUACCGUGAUCCUUCUUCCUCAGCCUCCCCAGUGCUGGGGUUACAGGUGUGCACUGCCAUGUCCUGUUUCCCUUCCAUUUUUGAGGUGCUGGGGAUUGAACCUACGGUUUAAUGCCCAAGUGCUGUUAUCACUGAGCUGUAUGCCCAACCUAGGAGACCUGGUAAUAUUUAAAUUUUACAGCCAGUAAGGUGUUUGAUUAAGAUUGCAGUUUCCUUUCUUCUAUCCAUCUCCCACUGCAUGAGGAGUACAGCGAUGUCAACUUCCUCCCUAGGGGUGUAGGGGUUGUUUUUGGAGUGAAGACCUCCACCUGGGAGGAGCCAGGAACAGAGGCUCAGCAGCAGAACACUCAGUGCAUGGGACCCGGGUCCCAGCUGUGCAGAACAAAAGUCACUGUCAAAACCCUAACCGGAGGUGAGCGGAGGGAGUUUUUACCCUUAAAACCUUCUUAGUGUCUUGUUAUCAUUUAUUCUUUAUUAAUAAGGAAAGACACUUGGGAGCCUGAGGCAGGAGGAGUGCAGGUUCAAACCCAGCCUGGAUAACUGAGUGAGAUCUUGUUUCAAAAAAUUUUAAAAGCCCUGAGAAUAUAGUUUGGUGCAAAGGCCCUGGAAUUGAUUCCUGGUAUUAAAAACACUAACAAAUCAGUAGGAAAAACUAUUUCUUAAGGUAGGAAAGAUCAGGUGAACAGUUGCUCUAGUUUAUAGACAAAGUUACUUGGAUAUUAAGGUAAUAUUCAUUGGUGAUUUUGAAGCAGCAGUCCAUUCUCUUCUGUCAGUCUUUCUCUUUAUGGUAUAUAAAAUAAGACUGUCAGAGAUUACAUCAGGCUGGGAAUACAGUUCGGUGCCACAGCGUCUGCCUGGCAAGCGCAAGGUUAUGCAUUUGAUUCCUGGUAGCAAAAAACAAAACAAAAGGAAGAUUAAGACGAGCAUAUAGAUAAUGUGUGUUGUGUGUGUGUGUGUGUGUGUGUGUGUGUGUGUGUGUGUGUGUGGUUCUAGAAUUGGAACCCGGGGACCUGGGUUUGCGCUCUCUACCACUGUACUAUAUAUACCCUCUAGCCUGAACUGAACUUCGAAAAGACAAAUUUGAAAAUAGCAGUUCGCUGUUUAAAAGGAAAGUAUAAAGAAUCACAGAAUGUGGACUCUUACCAGGACUUUAAAAAAAAAAAUGAAAAGAAGAAAUGGGAGGGAAAAUUGAAAAUUAAUGUAAGAAAAUGGAGGUUGAAGGGCAACUGGGUGCAAGGUGCUGGACCAGCCUGCUUUGUUCAGUGGGAGGGAACCCAGGCGGUGGGAAGGGCGGCGAAGAGGCCGUGGACUAGUGAGAAGCAGGCUUUUCCUGCGUCCUGGUGUUGUGGAACACGAUUUGCUGAAUAAGUACUGAGUCACCAAUUAUAUAACGUUCCUUUGAAAAAGCCAUUUGCUGUUACUUACAUAUGCUAAAGCUUCCACGUGAUACUCUGUCUUGGUAUAUGGCUGUGGUACUAGAAAGGCCUGUAUGAGCUGGGCGUGGCACACCACACCUGUCAUUCCAGCACCCAGAGGCUGAGGCAGGAGGAUCGGCGUGAGGUCCUGGCCAGCCUGGGUCACGGGGUUACACAGUGAGUUGGGCCUGCCUGAACUACAUAGCAAAACAUUGUCUUGAAUACUGUCCCUGCCAAAAGAACACCUGAACCUGGGCAUGAGCGGGUGCCAGGAAAGGUUUCCUCUGUGGAGUACGUGUCAGACACAGUGAGAGGAACAGCUUUCUCCCAAGUAGGUGACACCCUGGGGGCAAAACCAAAAGCCCUGUCCUGCAGCCACAGCGCUGGGCGUGCGCCCUGGGCUCCCGGGGCACGGGGCACGAGUGCCAAGGCAGGGAGAAGACCAGCAUUAAGGGCUGAGGACUGAAGACGAGAAAGCCUAAGUUGUGGUCCUCCAGAGCCACGCCAUGCAGAGCCUAUCCAGCAUGGAGUCGGCCCUCAGGAGAAAUUUGUUCCUAAGAAUUUACUUCAAAUCCGGCAGCUGAAAGUUCAGCCAGUUCCUUGUGGUAGGAGGUGGGGUGAGAUAUAGCUCUUCUGAAACAGGAGUUUGAAGAUGAAACAAAAAGUUUAAAAAAAAGAACAGUAAGACAACAGAAAAGGCAAAGUCAGCUGAUGAAACCAGGGUACAAGUCAAAGAGAAAAGUCCCACUGAUGGGGAAAUGCUCCCUUUCAAAGCCAUGCCUGGAGGGGCGUGUCUGUAAUCCCAUCCAUCACACAGGAGGCUGAAGCAGGAGGAAGCUAUAUAGUGAGUUCAAGGCCAGCAUGACUACAUACAGAGGCACAGUCUCCAAAAGUUUUUUAAAAAAAUGAUAGUCGCUUUCCAAGCAGUGGAUGGAUAAUAGAGACGAGAUUGAGAAAUGUGAGCGGUCUAAAAAGGGGAAAGUGAAAGUGAGGAAAGACCAGAGGUGCUAGGUCUGGUGGUUUACACCUGUAAUCGCUGCUGCUUAGGAAGCUGUGCCAGGAGCAGCCAGACCGAGGCCAGCCUGGGCAGUCUGGUGAGGCCUCACCUCAGGCUUGUGGGACACGGGACGCGGGGCACUGGCCUGGCAUGAGUGGGGCUGUUUCCGUCUCCUGAGCUGCAAACACAAGAAGGAGUUCUUAUCUUUUUUUUUUUUUUUUUUUUUUUUUUUUUUGUCUUUUUUGUUUUUUAUCGGUACCAGGGAUCGAACUCACGACUGCCUGCUUGCAAGGCAGGCGCUUAUGCCGCUGAGCUAAAUCCCCAGCCCCAGGAGUUCUUAUCUUUACCUGGGUGAGCUGGUUGUUGGCAUUCUCACAGCUGGGAAGCUGAGGCAGGAGAUCGAAGUCUAUGGUUAGUCUGGUCUACACGGAGCCACCCUAAGCUCAAAGACUAAAAGUAAAGAAAAGAAAAUGAUUGUCAGGUUGGAGCAGAGGUGUAACCUAGUAAGAGACACACGUGGGAACAUGGGGGAGCUGAGGGUGUAGCUCAGCGGCUGGGCUCCUGCCUAGCGAUGUUGAGACUUAAGUUCUGUCCCUGACAUCGCAGAAGUAGAUAAAAAACAGUAACUGUUUUCUACUCCAUGGCCAUCCGGUGCCCAGCAUAGCUGUGCGGCUCAGCGCUGCUGGGGAAGGGAGGGAGGGCUGUGUGGUCAGGCAGGAGCACGCUGUGACCCUGUGAAACUUAAUUUGCAGACAGGGAAGGGGGCCAGCUGUCCCGUAAGUCGUGGCUUUCCCGUUUAUGACCUAAAAUGUAGCCCCAGAAAAAUCGAGAGCAAGAGGGCGGCAGACUUGUUAGCAGCAAAUUUGAAAGCACAGCAGCCUUGCUACCUGUGUCAGAGAAGACUGCAGCCAGCCGCCCGGCCUCUGGCUUUCUCUUUCAGCCGCACCCCUGGCUGCCUUUCUUUUCUUUUGCUGCUUUUUUGUCUGUCUGUCUGUGUAACCAUCUGUCUGUGUGUCUUCUCUCUGACUCCCACUCUGUCACCCCUCGUUCCAGGUCUGAAGGUUGAAUCCUGAGCCCUCUCCCCGUCCUUGGGUUUUGUUUUGAUGCAGGGUCCUCCAGGCUGCCCUUGAUCUUGGGCCCCGCCUGCCCCCCACGCCUUCCAUAGCCCAAAGUGCGGGCCGGAGCACAGAGCUGGAGUUCCCAGGCUGGCGUCCACACCGUAACACAUCAGUGUGGUUUGAAGGUGCAAAACAUCAGGAGAGACAGACGUCCACUGGUAGCACGCAAUUUGAGUUUAGUUUUUCCAGGCCUUGCUACGAGGGGCAGAGGAGAGGACGACCCAGCGUCAUGGGAAUGACGUAGGGGACAGUGAGCCCUGUACACUCUGGGUGUUUUUCAAACGUGUGUUAGACCCCCAUGAAAAUCCUAGUCAAGUCCAAAACCCUAAGAUAUAAUGCAGAUAACGAACGUUUCCUUUUCAUCUCUGGAAUUUAAACAAAAAACAUUGUAACCCUUACUGUCUGAAAAAAAAGUGAUUUAUUGAAAGAGAAGUUAGGAAGUCUAAUCCAAAUGAGCUAGAAUGAACUGAUGGUCAAAAUUCUAUGUGCUGGACCAAGGUCCUCAGAGCAAAAGUCAAAAGUCAUAAACAGAUCACUAAGCAAGAAAAUGAAAAUAAAAAUAUUCAGGAAGCAGAAUAAGCCGGGUAUGGUGGCAACAUGCCUGUAAUCCUAGCGCUUGAGAACUAAGGCAGGAGGAUCACCUCGAGUUUCAGGCAGGUCAAGGCUACAUAGUGAAUCCAGGCUAGCUUGGACUACACAGUGAGACCCUGUCUCAAAAACAAGAAGCAGAAUGAAAUAAAUGAAACACAACAGGAGCGAUAGUAUUAGCAGAGAAUUAAAAAAAAAAAAACAUAAAUGAAUGUACUAGUAAAUCCAAGAGGCUUCUUUUUGUAGCUGGUGUUAAAAACACUAAAGAGAGAAGAAUUAAAUCCAGUCAUGAACAGAGCGGAACACAUGAAUCCUCAUAAGAACAGUCACUAUGAGGACAGAUCACAGGUAGUGAGAGGCUGUUGUACUGAUAGGCAAACAAGUGUGAAAACCUGCUGCACAAUUCUCAACCCGGGCAACCUGAGGACCUUAAAAUAACCAAUCUUCAAAUACCUUCAAAUAUCCUUCAAAUACCUGGACAAGAUGGGCGGUGGCCAGUUCCACAGCGCUGGCUGAGCAUGCCCAAGGCCUCAGAUUUGACGCCUGGCACCAUAGAGGCUGAAACACAAUUUGGUAGGAUGAGCCUUCCGUUCUGAGUUAAAACAAGGUCUGGGAAGACUGGGCCUGAUAGCAUCCGCCUGUAAUCCCAGCACUGGGGUGGCUGAGGCAGGAGAGUCGCUUUGAGUUUCAGGCCAGCCUGAACUGCAUGGUGCAGCCCUGUCUCAAAAAGACCAAACAUGAGACAUGCUGGGGAGGCCACUUGGUGGCAAAGUGCUUGUCCAGCAUCUCCAGUACUGCAAAAACCAAACAGCAAAACAGAACAGGAACAGCUGUUCUGAAUGAAACCAAAACUGGUUUACGUUGUUUUGCUUUUUGGUGUUAGAGAUUGAACCCAAUGCUUCCCACGUGCCGAGCACAUGUUUUGCUGAGCAACACACAGGAAAUACGUCUUACAGAAGUCAGCUGCCACCCUUCCUCUUCUUCCUCUUCCUCUUCCUUUUGAGACAGGUCUUUGUGGCUCAGGCUGGGCUGGAACUCAGGGCGAUACUGCUGCCAGAGCCAUUGGCUGUCUUUAUUAUUAGCACUGCACAGCCAGUCAGCUGGGGUGGACAGGCGUGACUGUUGGCAGCUCAUGGGGGGACAGAGGCUGUGGUUGUGUGCAGUGCCUUGAGUGUGCCAGUGUGAGAGGUGAGUGUGGCCCUCUCCACUGUUGCUUUUUUCUUCAGAAAGACAAACUGAUUUUUUUAUGUGCCUGUGGCCAGGGCUUUUUCCCUGGGGUGCACACGGGCUUCUGGAGCUAGGUGGGGACUAUGCAGGGGCUGCAGCUUGGAGCCCCGUGGAGGAGGCACUGUCCUGGAAAAGCCAGAGCCUCGGAGCAGCUAUGUCUCCGUUCUCGCAGCUUUCCCUUCUAGCAGCCCAGGAAGGUGGGAAAGAGAAGCCCUGGUUCUUAUUUGAGACUUUAUCCGUGUGUGAUUAGAUUCACCUGGUGAUGUGUGUGGUUCUUAUUUAACUAAGCUAGUAUCUCAGGUUUUUUCCCCGUUAAAGUGAGUGAAAUGUUUCUUGAGAAAGGUGUGCAGGUGCUCCAUCCACCACUGUCAUUACCAGGAUGCCAGGAACUGUCAGUAGUCUUCCUGCCUCAGCCUCCUGAGUGCUGGGAUUGCAGACAUGUGCCCGUACAGCGGAUAAUGUAUUAUAAGAAUUGUUGCUUCUGAAUAACAAUUACAGGAAUAAACUGUGUGUCCAGUGCUUCUCAUGUGGUGGGCGUGUCCCUUAGAGUGUUGUGUGCUUUGUAUCAUUUGGUCCUUGGGAAACCUGGCAAUAACAGAGCGACUGUCACAGCUGUUUGACAGAUGAGGAAGUUGAGAAUCAGAGAGGUCCAUGAUUUGGUCAGUGUAACAGUAAGUGGCACAGAUUUGGGGCUUGAACAAUAACUUUCUACUCAAGUGUCUGUGUGUCUUUUCACUCAGUGGUAUAAAGGAAUUUUUUUUCUCUUUUUCUGUGCAUUGCUUUUUGCUGGGAAGGGAACCUGGCAUCUUGGACAUGGCAAGCACUCACCAGUCUCCUGAGCCACCCUUGCUUCGGGGUCGUCCAGGAACUGUCAUCUGAGCUGUUGCGUGUUGCAUCUUGGUGACCUCAGGAGGAUCAGCCUGGGUCCGCGCACUAGGAGCCUGAUUUGGCAGGGAGAAUGAGUGUCAGGGUUGUGGACUGUGGUGUCCCAUGAGUGCUGUCCCUGGCCUGUUGUGUGUAGGAAGCUAGUGAGUGUCGUGUAAUUUCUUCUCACCUUCUUACGCACUCUCAAAAGACUCAAACCAUAGUCACUGCCCUAUUCCAAGCGACUGGGAGCUCCCCAUGGUGCAGGACUCUGAGACAUGUGAAUGUGGUUGGGUGACAUGUCUUUGGGCUCAGGACGUUCAUGGUUUGAUGGCACAGACAGAAGUGGAAGGCAGUAGCAUGUUUUUAAGAGCAGAACUUUGCUCCAUAUUGUGUUUCAUAGAAACACUUUGAAUUGCUGAUUUUUAUAUACAACCAAAUGUCUUAGUUACUUUAUUCAUUGCUAAAAUGUAAUACCUGACACAAGUUAAAGGAGAGAUUUUUGUUGGCUCACAGUUUGCAGAGGUUUUAGUCCAUAGUCAGCUGGCUCCAAAGCAGGAUGGCACAUGGCAGAGGAGAAACAGUCCAUGGCAGGGCAGUCAGGAGGCAAAGAGAGAUCACGAGAGGAGGAGGGAUAGAGACCCUUCGGCCAUGACUGGGCUUCUCCCAGCAUCACAUUUUGUUGUAAACUCAUCAGUCACCUCCCAGAGCCCACCUGUGUUCACAUGAGCUAGAGGGGGGCUUCUAGAACAGACUAUAACACCAUAAAAAAUACAGGCUUUCAGAGGGAGACUAGGUCUACAGUUAAUUCCACCAGCGUAUUAAAGGGUUUGGUUUACCAGUGGUGAAAGCUAGGAGUGGUGGUGCAUACCUGUAAUGGCAGAACUCUGGAGGCAGAGGCAGGAAGACCACUGCAACUUUAAGGCCAGCCUGAAAUACAUAGACCUGGUGUCGAAAAAAACAGUAACAAAAACCUGCCAAAGGUGAAGUAGAAAGACCUGCACCUGUGAUACUCAUUUGGUGGACUAGCUCAGCUGUUCUGAAGUAGUCACAAAAUUCAGUGUGAGUGGAUCAGUGGUUUAGCUCAGUGUAGUCUAGGUUCCACAGAAACAUUUCUUUGAGGGCACACUUGAGAGGAGAGGCAGGUGAGGCAGAGGCUGGAAGAUUCCUGCAAGUUCAAGGCCAGCCUGGGCUGCAAAAUGAAUUGAAGGCCAGCCUGAAUUGCAUAGUGAAACCCUGUCUCAAAAAGAAAGAAGGAAACGUUUCUCCCAAAUUGCCAAAUGUCUUUUUAACCCCACGUCUUAGUGACUUUCUGAAGUGAAUAUCAAGGACUUCUGACGACUUUGCAGACAGUCUGCUUCCCCUUGAUUUCACCAGCCACCUAACCGCACUGCCUGGGAAGCUCGCUUAGCAUUGCCGAGACGUUUAGCUGAUGUUCACAAGGCAUAGAGUCACGUGAUGUACGAAGGGAAACACAUACACUUCUCUGAGGUUGACAAUAAGCCCUUGUGCUCGUAUAGCCCCAAACUGUGCAAGCAGCGGCGUCUCAACGGCUACGCCUUCUGCAUCCGACACGUUCUGGAGGACAAGACUGCGCCCUUCAAGCAAUGCGAAUAUGUGGCCAAGUAUAACAGCCAACGCUGCACCAACCCCAUCCCCAAGUCGGAGGACCGCAGGUACUGCAACAGCCACUUGCAGGUACUUGGCUUUAUCCCGAAAAAAGAGAGGAAGAAGAAGAAUGACCCUAUAGAUGAGGUCAAGGUCCGGCACCAGGUGGAUACCAUGGCCUUCAGCCUGGCCGUGCCCACACUGGCCCUGAAGAUGCCCAAUGGACUAGACGGCAUGUCCCUCUCCCCGCCCGGGGCUCGGGUACCCCUCCACUACCUGGACACGGACUUGGAAGACCCGUUUGCGUUCCACGAGGAAGAUGAGGACCUGAAGAAAGGCGCCACCGUGAAGAAGAAGCUGCAGAGCAAGCUGGCCCAGAACCGGCAGCGCCAGAGAGAGACCGAGAUCUUAAAAGUUCGGCAAGAGCACUUUAGCCCCCCUCCUACACCCUCCCAGCAGCUGCAACCACAGCUGUCACCGCCACCGCCAGCACCGCAGCAGCAGCAGCAGCCGCCGCCCCAACCGCAGCCGCUGCACUCCCACCCGGUACCUCUGCCCCAGGCCGCAAAGCCCCCCACCACCCCGCAGGGCUCCAUCUGCACGUCGCCUCCACCUCCGCUCAUCGGAGGCCCCGCGCAGGGAGCAGUGCCCCCCAAUGCCGCAGCACAAGCCCGGCCUGGGCCACACCGGCGACCCCCGCCUGCCCCGUCCCGGCCAGACCGGGUGCUCAUGCAGGCCACAGCCUUCUCCCCGCACCUGAGCUGCAUCAGCCGGCUGCAGAGGCUGGUGACGUUAUACACACAGAGGCACCAGCUGGACGCCGACCUGUUCCCGCAUUUAGGGCUGGACUGGUCGGAGGAGAGUGGAGAGGAGCUGGAGGACACCGAGCAGGCCUCGCCCUACCAGGCUGCAUGGUCCCUGCGGGAGGCGCUCAGACACGAGAGACACACAUCUGACGAUGAGGACGACAUGGCCAGCAGGAGUUCCAGGGUGACCCAACUUUGCACUUACUUUCAGCAGAAAUAUAAGCACCUCUGCCGCCUGGCGCGGGCUGAGUCACGGCAGAAGAGAUGCAGGCUAGCGCUGAGGAGCGCACUGCUACAGGCGGCCAGCCGUGAACCCGAGAGCGCCGGGCAGCUGCUGCAGGAGCUGCGCAGAGCGGCAUGUGGCCGCACCAGUGUGAGCCGGACCAAGUUGAAGGAGUUCGAGCCUGCAGCCUGCAGCGGGACCGUGAAGGGCGAGCAGUGCCCCAACAGGGCUCUGCCGUUCACCCGGCACUGCUUCCAGCACAUCCUGCUGAGCCGCUCGCAGCAGCUCUUUUCCAGCUGCACCGCCAGGUUCGCUGACGGGCAGCAGUGUGCGGUGCCGGUCUUCGACAUCACGCACCAAACGCCGCUGUGUGAGGAGCACGCCAAGAAGAUGGAUGAUUUCCUGCGAGGAGACAGCUCCCGCAAGGUGCAGCACCAGCAGCCUCGGAAACCCAGGAAGAAAACCAAGCCUCCCGCACUUACCAAAAAACACAAGAAGAAGCGGCGGCGGGGCCCGCGCCGCCCGCAGAAGCCCAUACCCCCCGCCGUGCCCCAGGGGAACCUCAGCAUGCCCGCCAGCAUCGUACUGCCAGUGGAGGCCGCCCCGCUCCGGAGCCCGUCCACCCCAGAGCUGAGUGCUGAUGAGUUGCCGGAGGACAUUGCCAAUGAGAUCAGCGACAUUCCACACGACUUGGAAUUGAACCAGGAGGACUUCUCUGACGUUCUGCCCAGGCUACCUGAUGACCUACAGGAUUUUGAUUUUUUUGAAGGCAAGAAUGGAGACCUGCUCCCGAUGAGCGAGGAGGCUGAGGAGCUGGAGCGGGCCUUGCAGGCCGUCACGUCGCUCGAGUGCCUGAGCACCAUCGGGGUCCUCUCCCACACGGACGCUGUGUCCAUGCAGGAGCUGUCAGACAGGGGCAUCGGAGUGUUUCCCGCGGGCACCGGAGCUGCGGGAAUGCAGGCCUUGAGCCGAGAUGCGAACACGGACCUGGGGGAGCUGCUGAAUGGACGCAUCGUGGUUCCCGAUAACUUCUCCAGCCUGGAGCUGGAUGAGAGCCUGCUCCGCUCCGCCACCCUGUCCACGCCCCCUGCGCCCCUGGCGGGGCAGCUCCAGGGCCCGUUCCCCGCCCCCGCCAGCGUCGGCCUUACUCCUGCCCCUCUCCUCAGCCAGGGUGCGCUCGGGGAGCAGCGAGCCUUCCCCGCGCCAGGCCCGUUCCCUGGUGUGCAUGACGGCAGCCAUGCCUCGCAGAGGCCCCAUCCUGCCGCGCUGCUGAGCAAGGCGGAUGACCUGAUCACCUCACGACAGCAAUACAGCAGUGACCAGCCCCGCUCCCCGCGCCCCGGAAGCCAUUACGACGGCGAGCCCGUGCCGUCCCCCUACAGCGACCCACUGGGCUCGCCGCCCGCACACGCGGCCGCCUUCGCGGGGGACGGCGUGGCCGCUGCCUUCCCUGCGGAGAUGCCACUCCUGGCGCAGCACCUGCUGCCCACACAGCUCGAGGCGCCGCUGGGCGGCGCGGCGAACCCCAGGCCGCACUGGGGCAGCCUCUCUGCCGCCGGCCUCAGUGAGCCCUCACCGUUCAGCAACCUGCUGGGCGCCGAUGGGCAUCUGCUGUCCACCGCUCUGUCCACGCCGCCCGCGACCUCGAGCACCGAGGCUGCGCAGCCCGCCUUCACCUCUGCCACGCCCAGCAGCGCGGGCCCGGGCCCGGGCUUCCCCGCUGCUGCCGAACUGCUGGCCUCUGCCUCGCCCAAGCAGCAGCUGCCGCAGUUCAGCGCAGCCUUCGGCCACCAGCUGAGCGCGCACAGCGGCAUCCCCAAGGACCUGCAGCCCAGCCACAGCUCCACUGCGCCGCCCACGGGCCUGGCGGUGACGGGCAGCGCCGCCGCGCCCUUCCCCUCUCCGCGCUGAGCCGGCGGCGCCGGGCUUCUUGGUCCCUCCUCAGCGCCCGCUCUGCCCUUCCCGACAGCCAGCUCCCGAGGUGCAGGCGGCCCAGCCGCCGCCCGCCCGUGUCCCCACGCCCCGCGCUCGGCACUGGUGCUCCUUCCCGGCUGCUCGGCCCGGUGACUGGAGACGAGUAAGCAAGGGCGCAGCCAAGGGGCCCGACAGCCAGCGGAAGAUACCUCAGAUCCCCAGUGCCCUUGCCAGUGCCCAGGUCCAGGCAGAGCGGCCGUGCCGGGCGGGAGUGUGGAGAGCAGAGGCGACCAGGCCCUGGCUGCCCGCCCACCCGCGAUCGCAGUCUUGGUCACCUGCGCCUGCGCCCGCCUGCGAGUGCGCGCCCGUGCCGUGUUCCGUGCAGUGCAGGAAGUAGCUGUCCCGUUGUUUGUUACUUGUUUGUUUUGCAACCUCCUGUAAUGGGUAGAAGGCUCUUUUUUUCCUUUCUUCCGUCUCACACCCUGGUAAUGUUGCUCCUCCUGGCCCACUGAGCUGAUUAAAAUUUACUGAACGAAGAGGUGGGUGGCCCGGUCGCGUGAACAGCACAACCUUUCUCUGCGAAGAGUCGGUCCACGAGGCAGCGGGGCGCAGGAAGCGGAGGUCGUGUCAGCAGCGGGUGUCACAGGGAGGUGGCCCGGGGUGGUCCAUUUGGCCUUUCCAGGUUUGCCUUUAAGUUCCCCCGCCCCUGUGGAGCACAUUCGCUAGAUGUCAUGGAGGGAAUUUCUUUGCUGUGAAGAGGCAGAAUAGGUGAGGUAGAUUUGAAAGAUGAAAUCUGUGAACUCCUUGGUCCAUCUUUUGCUUUUGAAUUUUUCAUGUUUACAGUAGUAAUUCUUUGGUAAGAUUUGUAAAAUGUCGAAGAUGCUUGUAGAAUCAGUGUACCAGUUGUGAAGUGAUGUGUAAUAUCUGAAGGAUAACACACUUUAAAGUUUGUUUCAAAGCAGAAUGUGGAAAUUAGACAAAUCAUACCAGUAUUUGGUACUUUUAAAAUAAUUUAAGUACUUAAGUUUAAGUAAAUUUGGAAGUAGGUUGGGGAAAUCCUUUUAAAGUGUCAGAAUUUUAGGAUUAAAAGUCACAUUGGGUAGUUUAGUACGUCGGUAACUAUGAAAUGAAUAUGUGACGGAUGAUUCCCCCUGCCCCCCGUCCCCCAGAAGGGUGGAGCUAGAUUUUAAAGGCAUCUUUACUUUUGCUGUGAAGGUUCAUUGUCCCUCAGUACCACUGGCAGUUUAUACCAGAGUCCAGUCGGAUUUACACAUGCAUAUUCUAAAAGAUAAGUAAAGCUUAUGUUUAAUGAUGUGGUACAACAAUCCAUUGGUCAGGGAGCAUUGCAUCUUCCUUCUUUACUAACAGGUAAAAAUCUGAUGUGUUUUCCUACUUCCUAUAUGUGUGUUCAUGCCGUGCUAGUUCAAACCAGACCCUUGUUUUGAAAGCUUUCCUUUCUCCGCUUUUUAGGAGAAUGAUGCUGAUGAGGAGGCAAUCUGCAGCUACCACGUGCCUGAGCUUAUGGGGGAAAAGUCACAUGCCUGUGUGAACACAUGAUAGGCCCUGUUUUGUAUUUAUUGAAGUUUUUUUGGGGGGCCAAAAAUAUGUUUAUAAUAUAUUUACUUUUUUUUUUUUAAAGAAUCAUGUUUAUUGAUUGGAAGAUUUAUUUUUAAUAGCUUUUGUCUUUUUUGCAGAUUGAGAAAUUUCUAAAUUAUAAAUUAUGUCACAAAGCAAAAUUAUAUUUGGUAUCACCGUAAAUUUCUAUUCUGAGCGGUGAGAGCAGAUAAUUUGAAUAAUUCUCACCUAUGUCGGUAAACUUUUUUACUUUAGUGCACUGUAAUGAACUGAUGAGUAGUUACCUCCGCUCAAAAGUGUCAUUUAGUUUGCUAAGCUGUUUUCAUAUCCCAUUAGAACCAUCACCCACUGGCUGAGUUGCUGGUGGUUUGGUCUGUUCUCUGUUGUGUACUAAUCAGCCGCACAGCACGUGGACUUCCUCGUCUGUCUUUUGGCAGUGAAGAAGUCGCGGUAGUUGAUUUGAACUUUUUCUGGCUUUUUGUUCCUUGUGCUAGUUGCUUAAAAUUCUUCAGCUGUCAGAACUGAGUUCAUAGUAAGUUGCACCUGAUUUGUUCGCAGUGUUCUGUGUUAUGUGCAUUUAAAAGCCCUUGUCUGCUUUCUAGGAAGGAGGUGUGGAAGGAUCGGGGAUGUUGCCAGUUACAGCUUCACACCAAAAACGUUCAGUGCAGUCACUCUGUGGAGAUGGCCCUAAUGCAGGCAAGGGCACUCCCAGAAAGCACCAGAGUAGGGUUGAGUAAUUAACAGAAAUAGUUUUCCUCUUUUCACCUACUUCCAGAUAAAUACCCAAGCUUUCACUCCGCUUUGCUGUUUCUGUGAGUCCCUUGUUAGAAGAGAGAAGACCAUCUAAAAGCCCAGAGAUGUCUGUUGUGUUUUUCUGUUACGAACUGGAGCAGUUCUAACCUGUUAGUGGGAGGUUUGCUGUAGGAACACCAAGAAUGAAGUACCUUUCACUCCAAAAUUAUAGAAAUUGAUGUCUUUUGACGUAGCACUUCUGUGAUCAGAAGCCAGUACUGGAAUGAAAAACAUCUUCUGACAGUUUGUAAUUAGGUAGAAAGCAGCUCUUACUCUAGUGUGUAACACACAGGAAUAGUGGCAAAGGGAGUUCACUGUUUCCGCAGUGCUUGGGACCAUUCACAAAGGCCAGUUAGAUUUGUACAUACUGUGACUUACUAUUCAGCGUUGCUGCCGUUCAUGGACGCAUUCUGUUCUCUGAGGACCUGUCAUUACUCACUGACUGUGAUUUCCAGCAUCUGAUGACAAGGCAGGCUUUCUCUCCUUCAACCAUCAGUAUCAUUUUAAUAAAAGCACACAAGGCACUGUCUUUUCCUGUGUCAAAACAGCUUAGCAGUUAUCGAGUCUGGGUAGUUAGUAGCUAGUAAACACUUCAGGAUAGUAAAUAGCAAUUAUAUUUAACCCACCCAAGUUACAGACUAUGCAAUGGGAAAAAUUUUCUACUUCUAGUCGCACAGCUUACACAGCAAAAGGAUUAUUUUCUCUGAAAGACCUAACUGUGCGAUAUACCUGCUUGAUAAGUGACCCCUGAGCAGUCACACAUCGGCAGGCAGUGUGGUGUUGCCUGUCCCUGUCUGAGAAGAUAUAACUGAAUGAGAAGCAGGUAGUCAGAAUGGAGAGCAAGUCGGAAAGUGAUUAAGUUUUAUUUUUGUUAAAAUUAGGCCUUCUCACCUUUUGUGAUUUAAGGCUAAAGAGACCUAAGACUUUAUUUUUGCCAAAUGACUGUUUAUAAGAUGCACUUCAGAUUCAUCUCUGCACCGAAGGUCAGCUCUUUCUCUGUGACUGACACUACCGCUUCCCCUGGCCAGUGAGCGGUCCUCCCUGGUUCCCCGCCCCAGUCCCCCCCUCGGCGUGCCACCCACGUGCCCCGCGCCCUGCCCUGCCCUUUGCUUUCACAGGGAAGGAGUUGGGUCUCAGAGGACCUGUAGCUCAGAUUGUUGGUAACUCGCGUGAGAAUUCGGGUCUGCAGCGGCUCUCUGCGACUGCCCGCUCACCGGUCCCAGCCUGCAGCCCUUCUCAUGCCUUGCCUUGCUGCUGGGGUGCUGGGAGUGUUGUGGGCCUGGGUGCAGUGCCUCCCACGGCAGCUCUGCUCUGCUCCAGCAUGGCCGAAAGCUUGUGCAUCGGUACCGCAGAAACCUGAGUAUUAACACUAAAGUCAUUAUUUAAUAGGUUUGAAGUUCAUUAAAAUUAUUUUGGGUGUGUACUUGUCAGUUACUUCAUCCUUCCUUUUAAGAUUCUACUAAAUUCUGUUAUUCUGGUACACGUUGAACAGUCUAAUAGAAUCAUCUACUAAAUGGUCAACAAGACUUCAGUUUAGUAAGGCAGUUCAGAGGAUUCCUUGAAGGAAAGUCUAUCACACCCAACGAUCUCCAUUUGUCACCCUCCUUUACCAGUACUUGAUUGUUUUAAGGACUUUUUCCCUAAUAAAACAUGUAUUUUCUUGGUUACCUAUCUAUCGGUCUACAUGUAAUGAUGAAUAUCUGUAAUUGAAAAUAACCAGAUCUUCAUUGGCAUUCCUUAGCAAAGUAAAACAGUGAAAUGAUUUCUUGAUAUCUUGGCCUUUGUAAACUUUCCUGUGUCAUAUUCUAAAGGGAACCAAAAUCAGGUUUAGUAGAUUAAAGCAGUAUUUUAAAUCCUGUCUUUCAAAAGAUUUGAAAUAAAAUGUAAGUGAAGAACAUAUACACAUACUGGCUACUACCCCUUUUCCCCUGGCACAAGAGUUGGGAAGCAUGAAUACAUUCGUGUCUUCUGCUAGCAGUUGUCAACAGUGCUACAACCGUGGGUCAGACUUAGGGAGCCUCUUCCUUUUUGCUCCAGCCCUUAUUUUCUGUGAGCUCUUCUCCCCCCUCCCCCUCCUAAGCUUCCCCCCUCCCCUCCUCCUUUCCCCUCCCCUCCGCUCCCCCCUCACCCCUCGCUGUCUUUCUCUUACCUCUCUGCACUGUGACACAGCUAAUCCAAGGCGAUGGGGCAUUUCUGAAAGAGUACAUUUGGUGUGAUUUCCUUUACCUUGUGUUCCCUAAUCGGAAGUAUUUGGGGAGUCGAAGAGCAGAGGUUGGGGGACCUAACAUUGAUUCUGAAAACAGCCUGGUGAGAAGAGGGGUCUGCUGGGGGGUUCCCUCCCCCUCCUGCCUGGCCCGAGGACGAGCGCCCGUGCUCUUGGGCACAGAAGUAGAACCCUCUUCUUUCACUUGUUUUUCGUUGUUUCUGUUCAUUUGUUCAAGUCGGGGACCACCGAAGUAAGCUCUCUCUGCACCCAGAGGUCCCCAAGGGCAGCAGGGCUGUCGCCACAAGGGCGGCUCUGUGCACCAACACUGCUUGUCCUGGGGUGUGGACUGCUUCAGCCUGCAGCGGCCCCAGCCCGCAUCCUUCCGGUAUGGCUGAGCGCUACCUGGAUGGGACAUGUGACACUUGGUGACAUUGUUUUCAUUUGUUUGGAAGGGUUGAAUCAGUUCCUCUCAACAGUGAUAGUUCUUCUCACUGUCUAGUAUCGAGUAUGUCUCAGGGAUUCCUUGCGGAAAUUAGGGCAGUUUUUAAAAUAAAAUUUAAAAAAAUACUUUUGAAACUAAAGGUGACUCAUCAUUGAAGAGAGCGCAAGAAAGAAAACAUUUGGUUUCAUAGCCCGCGGUGUCUGCCUAGGACUCCUUCCUUGCUGCUUCGGCUCUCAUCUCAGCUCCAGCAUCUGUAGACUCCUUUCUUCCCAUCAUGCACAGCUUUAAAACUUUUUAUUUAAAACUUUCCUGCCCCAAUGAGCUUUCAGAAUACUUAUUGUAGAUUUUAAGAGAAAAGGUAUAUUAAUUUAUGCUAUUAACAUCACCUCAUAAAUUAUAAGUUUUAUACUAAAGCUGUAUUGAGUGUAAUGAAUUAUGUUGCUAUGUGUUUAAUAGCUAAAAUUAUAUAUGAGCUUUUUUUUUUUGACAUAACAAACUAGUGAAGCACCUUUUUACACUGGAUCUCUGCCGUGUCAGGGUGUACGCUAUCCUUUGCUACCUUGCAGAUAUAUAAACAAAAGGGUAUCCUGGGGCCUCCAAACGUAGAAUACCUUUAGACCAUUUAUUAUUGUGGAUAGGACUGUUGAAAAUCACGUUCUUUAGUGAAUGAUCUGUGGUUUACACGUAAAAUGGCUAGAAGCUUAGUUACAGGGUAAAUAGAAGUACAUAGAUCAAGUAAAACUCCAACUACUGUAGCUGGAAGUUAUAAACAAGUUUUAAGACCUCUUUUAUUUCCUAUGGAUUUGUUCUUUAAUUUAUAGUUUAUUCUGUAAGUUGGGAAGUAAAAAUAGAGAAAAUAAUAGCUGUUUUCAGUGUCUUAUUCAGGAAAUUUUUUUAUCCCUCCUCACUAAGGAAUUCCCACUGUGACUUUAAGUUUCUUAUGUGCAUGUUUAUGUCUUUUUUACACACGCAAAACUAUACUUUGGGGGCACACGUAUGAGAGAGGUGAAUGUGUAGUUGUGUAAAGACACAGGAAGGUAACCGGAUGUACUGUAGAACUGUGGUUCAUGUAGCCAAGGGUGUGAGAGUUUCUGUCUUGUGUCUGUUGUAUAAAUACACCGAAUUCUUUAAGCUGUUGUGUUAAAAGGCUAGCUCUGAUAUCACAUGCAUUUUAUUUUCACCUUUAAGUGAACUUAGGUUUUCAAAGUGACGUGAAAACCAGCAGAUUCCAGGACCAACCUCUCACUUUGGAACGUAGAAAGCAGAAGAGGGCAAGACAGACAGGAGCUGUGUUUACCGGGAUCGUGGGACCAGGGAUCUGUUGAGCUUUCUUAAUGUUAAUAAUAGAUUUUGUUUCCAAAUUUAAGAUAUUAUUGAUUUUCUUUUCUUGGUGAAGUUAAGGAAAAUUAUGGGCCUUUAUGAAUUAUUUAAAGGGGCUGCUUUGUUUAGGGAGUUGGUGGAAUCAGUUCACCACACAUAUUUCACAAGUAGGAUGAUUUCAGCGGUUUCCAAAACACUUUUAAACCUUUUAUUCAGCUGUGCCCUUAGUGAUGAAGCUAGAGUGCUCCUGGGCUCAUCUUUUGGAAAAAUUGGGCAACCCUUGACUUUGAUUGAUUCAUGUGGAAAUUUUUUUAAAAAUACAUUUCUACAUUUUGAGUUUUAAGUUAUUAUUUUGCUAUACAUUCUGUAUUGGCAUAUCUUGUGGUAUAAAAUAUUCAGAACUAGAAUUAAGUACUCUAGUCACAUUUUUAGUAUUUAAAAAAUUUUCCUGUACUCGGAAGUAUUUCACAAUGACUUGUGAUGAUACAUCUGAGUUUAUAGUUUGAGGCCUCCUUCAUCUUAGGAGACCUAGGAAAGCCUUCUGUGUUCUUCCUCACAUUUGCAUUUAGCAUCUCUGUUUCAUUCAUUCUUGCUUUUGGACGUUAAGAAAUCUGCAUAUUCCUUGUACAUAUGCAUGCAAAUGAAAGAAGGGAGUUUGUAUUGGUGCCAUUUCUCCCUUCAGUUGCUGGCUAGUGGGAUUUGUUACAGUAAAUUCCCUUUGAUUGCAGGGUGGAAACAGACCCUUUUGUGUAUAUCUGUACAGAGAUGUGUAUACGGGAUGUGGUGGCACUUUGCUGAAUGUGAACUUGCCUUGUCAUUGGAAAGAUUGAAAAGUAUUACAUUUAUUUAUACAUUUGUAUAAAUCUAUAUAUACACGUAUGUAUAUGUGUGUGUAUAGAUAAAGCUAUAUACAUAAGUUUCCCUAAAAAUGUGUGUGUAUAAUAGGUAAACAGCCUUCUGUCCAUGAAAAAUUCUGGGUUACUUUGUGAGCCUGCAGAGGCGGUGGUCUGCAGCGUCAGAGCAUCCUGAGUGGAUGCCCUUUAGAUCGCAGUCUUCUUCGUGGCUGUCAUGAAAGCAAACCUGGUCUACCUGUUCCUUCUCGCAGGGCCCCGCUCUUCACUAGCUUCUAGUUAAUCUCUCAUCACUUCGGGGAGCAUGUCACUAAUGACUGUGUUUCCCCUCCUUGACUUUAACUUUUCUAGCUAGGAGCCUUUGGUUUAAACAUAUUUCACAGGCUUCUAAACUGUUUCUUUUAAAGAUCUUUGUCUCUGAACUUUUCUGAAAAGGUACAACUUGUAGAAAGAUUUUCUGUGGUAAUCUUAAUGAUUGGGCAGUAGUAUUCAUCUCAGAAACAAACUCAGAGCCAAUACUCAAACCAAACUAAUUUUGAAAGUUUUUGCGUAGAUCAUUUUGGGGAUAUUUUACUUGGAAAAAAAAAAAAAAACCUCUUAGGAUUUUAUGACUAAUAUUACUGAGCGUUAGGUUUUUUAUACACUUGUCACUGAAUUGCCAUUUAAGGAAUUUGCUUUACUUUCAGUAUAAUCUAAAAUUUGCCUUGUAGUGGAAGCAUCCCAAGUCCCAUCUCAGCCUCUUGAGUUCUGUGACUGCUUUGAUGAUGAAACCUUUAAUGGAUUCUCGUGUCAUGAAUUCUGCUGUUUCCUUUCGCUUUUUCCUUGCAGUUGUGACCUUGUUUUGUCUUUGCUGAAGCUCUAGAAAACUCGAAUCCCUAUAUAUUGUGCCUUUAAAGCCCUCUGCACACACACGUGUAUAUACAUGUUGGCACAUGUGUACAUGUGCUGUGAUGUCACUCUCACAGUAUAUCUCUUGUAGGUAUGUGGGAGUGCACAUGGAUAUAUUCAAAGGCAGUGAGAUGUUGCGCUCUGGAUAUAUAUGUAUAUAAACAAUGUGGAUAGAACUGUAUAUACACAUGUACAUGUAUGAGUUUUAAAUGGCAUUUAGCCAAAUGCUGCCCCCACUGGAAUAUCGCCACCACCCUGGUGAUUGUAUGUAAUGAUUUAAAGGACAUUGUCAAAAAUUAUUUAACAACAUUUAGAAGUCUCAUCCAAACAUCCACAAUUAUUUAUUUAUCUCUCUUUUCCUUUUAUUAUGUUUCUUUAACUGAAAGGGAGACUGUCAUUUUUUAAAAUGCCACCUGUCCAGGGAGAGACAAGAUUUACCUGAAGAACUUGGUGCAUUUUCUCUCUCUGAAAUGGAAAUGUACCACGGCCCAGCCUGUUUAUUUAUUAAGUGAUCCUAAUAUUUCCAUUAGCAUGUGUAAUCCACCAUGUCCUACAUCAACUGAAUUCACCAAUUUGCCUCUUCCUUUCAUUAAUAAAUAAUGAUCAGUGAGACCAUUUUGCCUGGGGGUAAGUUAACUACUCUCUCGCUGCAGGGAAAUAUAUCACCUAAUUGUUAUUCUGCCUUGUUCAGAAUUCAACUUUGAAGGAAGACAGCUCUUUCCUGAAGCUGUCUUACGCACAUUUUUGCAUUUAUUUGGUUAAAAGUCCUCCUGAUCCUUUCUUCUUGACUCUUUAAGUUGCAUGUGCUUGAGUAGACUUAAUUCUUAUUCCCCACAGCUUCAGGUGUUUUUCAUUUGUGUUUCAGUUUGGCACACUGAAUGCAAGAGUGUUCAGACCAUACUGUUAAAUACGACUUCAUUGUGAUGAGUUGCCAGCAGAUUACAUCUCCAGGACUUGCAGAGAGGGAACGGCAGCUGGACAGUCCUAGGUAGUGCGAUGCUGGGGGCCGCGGCGUGUGGUGUGAGGGUACCCCUGAAGAUCAUGAUGGAGCAUUUGGGGGUUGAAUGACUUCAGAGUGGCUUAGCUGGAACUUGAUAUCAGAAGCAGCCUUUAACAACAACAACAAAAAGCCUCCUGGCAGGUGUGUGGUAUUCACUAGGGCAGUGAAGUGUAAGUCGAAACCAAGUUGCAGUGGGAAAUCAAAGGUGAGGUAGCUUAUUUGAAAUCGAUAAAGGACAGGUUGGACAGUUUUAAAAUCUCUUCUGACACAGUAAACUGCACGGUAGCAAGGAGUAGCAUCUCUCAAAGCCCCUUCUCAGUGUUGCUCAUUCACCUUGGCACACAAGUAUGUUUAAUAUGCCAUACAUUAAAAAUACGGAGAAAACAAAAAAGCUGCUUAAAGGGAAUUUACAAACCAAGAACCUUCUCCUCGAUGUUAGCAGUAGCUGCAAGCUUAGCUAAAUGCACAAAAAAUAGAAGCCACUUUUUUUCUUUUUUAAAUAUUUGGUCUGCACAGAAAGCAAAAGAGGAGAUGGGCAGCCUCUUUGAGGAGCCCCAUCUCUGAUGAAAAGCUGCAUCAUGGCAAUGGAUGUGUCGCUGGUGGAGAAGACUGCGGAUGGUGGGCUUUGGGUUUGUAAUUUCCCUUUAAACAAGAAGAGAGGCUCACAUUUUCCAUAUAUAUCUCAAUGAAUGUACUGUAUUACUGUUUUAAAAUUUGAUGAAAUAAUAAUGGAUUGGUCUCCUUUUGUUAUCUGGUCCUUGUUUAAUUUGUUUAAGGGUUUUUGUAUACAAAAGUUUACAUUUUUAUGUAUAUUUUUCUUGUGUAAAAACUGAUGUAAUAUGUGUAUAAAACUGUAUGUAUUAUCUGUAUAUAGUGUGACAAAAUGAUUUUUCUUUCUUUCUUUUGGAUGUAUUAAUAAAUCUUGCUGUGAAGUAUA